AUGUUUUAUUUCCAGCUGGUGAUCAUGGCUGGGACGGUUCUCCUGGCUUACUACUUCGAGUACACAGACACCUUCCCCGUGCAUAUCCAAGGGUUUUUCUGCUUUGACAAAACCUUCUCCAAGCCAUACCCUGGACCAGACAACACCAGCAAGAUUCCCCCUAUUCUCAUCUACUCGCUUGUCACUGCAAUUCCUACACUCACGAUUCUUGUGGGAGAAUUAUGUGCUUUCUUCACAAAGGCUGAGGGAUUGCAGGAGAAGACCAUUGUCACUGCAGAUUGCUGCUACUUUAACCCCUUACUGAGACGUAUCAUACGCUUCUUAGGUGUUUAUGCCUUUGGCCUAUUUACUACAAGCAUCUUCGCCAAUGCCGGGCAAGUAGUGACAGGAAACCAGACUCCUCACUUCCUUUCAGCAUGCCGACCAAACUACACAGUCCUGGGCUGCCAAUCCAACACGCAGUACAUCACAGAGCGACGGGCAUGUACUGGGAAUCCUCUCAUUGUCAUGUCUGCUCGUAAAUCCUUCCCAUCAAAGGAUGCGGCGCUCAGUGUCUACUCUGCAGUGUACACAGUGAUGUAUGUGACACUGAUGUUCAAGACCAAAGGUACACGUCUGACAAAGCCCACCGUCAGCUUCACCUUGCUGUGUCUGGCAAUGAUCGUAGGCGUGGUCAGGGUGGCUGAAUAUCGCAACCACUGGGCCGAUGUCCUGGCUGGAUUCUUCACUGGCGGCGCUAUAGCUGUUUUUCUGGUAACUUGUGUAAUUAACAACUUCCAGCAAAUGCAGCCUACCCCUACUGCACAACUGCCCCAGUGCCAUGAGUCGACAAUGGGUAUGCCAAUGGUGACGCUGCCCUGUGUAGAGAGUCCAGUAGAAAAACUUCACGGAGAUCUCCGUUCACCGAGAUCACAUGACCAUCAGCCCUAUCGGUUCCCCACCAAACCCGAUGUCCUCAUACUGUCUCGCUCCAUUUCCAGCGAAGUCUAG